AUUUAUUUAUUUAUUUUGAUGUCAAAUAUAUAUAGUUUAUUUUGCAGGAGUUUCUGGUUGGCAUCCUAUGUCGAUGCCAAACUGUCUUGCAGAUCCUUUUAUUUCUUAUUUGUUUAUUUUAGUUCUCACUCUCACUAAUUAGGAAUCACACUCCCUCUGGUGGCCAUUAAAAGCUCAUCUUUCGGAGCUAUGGUUUUCCUCAUUUCUUGUUCUGCAGGAAACUUUUUCUCUGAGCUGUAAAUUAAAUAAAGAAAAGAAAGAAAGAAAGAAAAGAAACGCCCUCCUUUCCAAGCAGAACCUAUUCGCCGGUCGCAGUGAGUAAUAAAUCCGCUUUUUCACGGGUUUUACGGAUUUUUUAACUUCUUUGUUCCAACCUUUUCAGUUUGCUCUUCUUCUGAGACCUGGACCUGUUCAGUUACAGCUUCUCUCACCGUUUCUCCUCUGUCUUCUAAAAAAUGAAGUCUUCGACUCGGCUUGACUUGGCUGUGUUUCAGCUAACGCCCACUCGAACCAGGUAUGAUUUGGUUAUAUCUGCAAAUGGGAAGGAAGAAAAAAUAGCUUCAGGUUUGUUGAAUCCAUUCCUUGCACACUUGAAGGCUGCACAAGAGCAGAUGGCAAAGGGAGGUUAUUCGAUUGUUCUAGAGCCGGAGUCUGGAAGCGACGACACAUGGUUUACAAAGGACACGAUCGAAAGGUUUGUUCGUUUUGUAAGCACUCCAGAGGUCUUAGAAAGGGUCUACACUCUCGAGUCAGAGAUCUUGCAAAUUGACGAGGCAAUUGUGAUUCAAGGCAACAAUGAUAUGGGGCUGACUACUGUAGAAGAUUAUCAAGCUAAACCUGGAGAAGUCAACGAAGGUAGCAGGCCUGUGCUUGAUUCUAAUGAGGAGAAAGCAAUUGUCCUUUACAAACCUGCAGCAAAUCCAACUGAAGUGAAUGUAUCCACCACACAGGAGGGGAAUUCAAAGGUUCAACUUUUGAAAGUUCUGGAGACACGCAAAACUGUGCUGCAGAAAGAGCAAGGCAUGGCCUUUGCACGUGCUGUAGCUGCCGGUUUUGACAUUGAUCACAUGCCACCAUUGGUCUCAUUUGCUGAAUGCUUUGGAGCCUUGCGUUUAAUGGAUGCAUGUAUAAAGUUUAUGGAGUUAUGGAGAAGAAAGCAUGAAACUGGUCAGUGGCUUGAAAUCGAAGCAGCUGAAGCAAUGUGUAGCCGAUCAGACUUCUCUGCCAUGAAUGCAUCAGGCAUUAUGCUAGCAAAUGUGGACAACAAGCCCAAAGACUAUGAGUUGGCUUUAGAAAAUAACGGGAAAGCUAGUGCCGUAAGUGCAGAUGACAAGCCUCCUGUGGAUCACAAAACACCAUCAGGGCAUCAAGAAUACUUUCAGGGGCAGUUUCCUCCUCAUAUGUUCCCUCCCUGGCCUGUUCAUUCUCCUCCUGGUGCUCCCCCACUCUAUCAAGCGUAUCCCAUGCAAGGCAUGCCAUAUUAUCAGAAUUAUCCAGGAAAUGGCCCCUUUUUUCAGCCACCGUAUCCAUCAGUGUCGGACCCUAGACUUAAUACUGAUCCAAGAAUGGGACACAGGAGGCAUUCUAUGGAUAGUAGGAAUAGCAAUGCUGAAAUAGAAACUUGGGAGACGGAUGCUUUAAAAACAGCAUCACAAGAUGAAGUAGAGUUGGACAAGGAAGCUUUACAAACUCGAGAUUCACGGAAGAAGGCUAGCCGAUCAGGUAAAAAACAAUCAGGCAUGGUUGUCAUCCGGAACAUUAAUUACAUCACUUCAAAGAGGCAGAACUCCUCUGGUAGUGAAUCACAAUCAGCUUCUGACUCUGAAACUGAUGAAGGUGGAGAUUUACAGGCUAGUACUCUGGAGACGAGGCAUAUGGACUCCCAGAGAUCUUCCAAGAGAAAAGGAAGCCAUGCAAAAUCCAUGGAUAAAUGGAAUUCAUCUGACAAAGAAGAAAUGACCCAUGGUAAGGACAUAGAUGGUGGACAUUGGCAAGCAUUUCAAAAUUAUUUACUGAGAGAUGCUGAUGAGGACAAACGUGCAGUUGACCAAGGCAUGCUUGCGAUGGAAAAGGAGGUUCAAAUGAAAAGGAGACAAAAUACUGUAGGUGAUGAUCCUUUAGUUUUUAGUGGGCAAGAAAAGGGUGAAACACAAGAAGAUAAUGUGAUGGACAUGCAUAAAUUUAGUGGAAACAUGACCUACAAGUCCAAGGCAUCAAAUGAUGAAUUGUUGAGCGCUAGAAGAGACGGUCGAUCUGGUGAUGGUAGAAGGCAUAUGGAUAUACAGUCUGCAGAAAUAGAUGGAAGACGAGGUGGAUAUAGGAGGGGUGGCAGUGAUGAUUUUAUGGUACACAGGCAAGGAGGCCAGUCUGGCUAUACAAAUUUGCCCUCGGAUGUACUUGUAAAUGGAUUUGAUCGUGUAGCCAAUAACUUGGACAGAAGAUCAUCACAUGAUAUGGAUGAUGAUUCUUACAUUGUUGCACUAAGGGAAAAUUCACUAGAUCAAGUUGGAAACAAUGUCAGAAAUGCUAUUGACAUGGAUUCUGAAUUCCCAUUGGCAUCUCAGUUGUCAGAGAACUCAUCUAAUAGAGUUGGGAGCCAAGUCAAUCAUGAGCCAGAUGAAUUGAGUUUGAUGCCUGAACGUGGAAUAGAAAAGGAGUCAACUGGUUAUGACCUUGCUUUAGAUUAUGAAAUGCAGAUUCGUGUUCAAGAUGGUGCUUCUCUAGAUAAAAAAAAUAUGGAGGUGGAUGUCAAGCAAGGGUCUAAAAGGUUAAGCAAUGACCGUAAGUCAAGACUUGUGCCAGAUAAUUUAGAUAAAAAGAAGACUGUGGGACCAAUAAGGAAAGGAAAACCUUCAAAGUCAAGUCCUUUGGAAGAAGCACGAGCACGUGCAGAGAGGCUAAGAACCUUCAAAGCUGAUCUUCAGAAAAUGAAGAAAGAGAAGGAAGAUGAAGAGUUAAAACGAUUGGAAGCUUUAAAGAUAGAGAGACAAAAGAGAAUUGCUGCAAGAGGGAGUUCCAUCCCAGCUAAGUCACCACUUACGUCACAAGCAGCCAGGAAACAAUUGCCAACAAAACUUUCCCCAAGCUCUCAAAAAGGAUCAAAGUUUAGUGACUCAGAACCAGGAUCAUCGUCGCCUCUAAAAAAGUCCUCCAUCAGAACUGCCCUCGUAGCCAGUGAUUCUCAGGAAGCCUCUAAACCCAGCAGAUUGAGUAGUGGAAGUCACUCGGUUGGAAACAGGUUAAGCCACACUGUGUCUCCUCUGCCUGAACCAAAGAAAGAGAACAGCAGUGUUAUAGCUGAUUCUAAGGCAUCCAUGUCACGGAUUAGAAGAUUAUCUGAACCUAAAAUGGGUAGCAGCCAUCAUGGUACUUCAGUGAAGUCACAAAGUGCUGAAUCAGUAUCAAAGGCAACUUCAGUGAAGUCACGAAGUGCUGAAUCAGUAUCAAAGGCAAAGAUAUCCGUUGCGCCUGAGAGUAAGAAAAUAUCUGCAAUUAUGAACCAUGAUAGGAGCAAAGCUGCAACCCUUCCAGAACUGAAAAUUAGGACAUCCAAAGGACCUGAUGUUGCCCAGAGCAAAUCAGGAGCUAAAGAUACGGCACAGAAGGUUAAUGGAAAUAAGUCUUCUACAACUUCUGAAGGUGCUGAAGUGAAAAGGAAUCAUGAAAAUAAUUUUCAUCAUAGUGACGGAGAUGACAACCCAGUAAUUGAAAAGACCGUUCUGAUGCUAGAAUGUGAGAAGCCGUCUGUUCCAACUGCACAUGCAAAGGAAGGAAAUUUGGGGGCACAAAAUGGACAGUAUGAUAACUUUAAGAUAGGGAAGAAAGUUGAGUUGGUGUCUGAUUAUGCUGUUAUACUUGCUCCAGCUUCAUCACGUAAGAUGGAUAAAAUUGAUGGAGAAUCUUUGGAACACCAAUCCCAAGAGCAACACACUUCUUUUGAGGUCACGACAAAAAAUGCAGACAAAGAACCUCCACAGUUUUUAAGCACCAGUAUUGCUGAAAAACCAUAUCUAGCCCCCUAUGCUCAGGUUUCUUCUUUGGAAGAUCGAUGUACUGGGAAUUCUGAGUAUGGCAGAACUCCACCAAGCUUGGAGAUUGUGACAACAGGCACAGAGUCUGUUACAGCACUUAUAUCUGAGUCUAGAAACUUGAGACUGGAAAAGAUUCCAGAAUCAUUGGAGAAACCUCAAGUAAAGGACUCACCUAAAGGGCUUAGACGGCUGUUGAAGUUUGGAAGAAAGAAUCAUAGCCCAGCAUCAUCUGAGGCAGAUGAUGCUGGGACAAACUCUGUUUCUACUAGUGAAGUACAUACAUUGAAGAAUUUGAUCUCUCAAGACGAAACGCCCACAGCUGGGUCUACUCCUCAAAAGGCUUCUCGCUCGUUCUCCUUGUUAUCACCCUUCCGGGGCAAGACUAGCGAAAAGAAACUUGCAUCAUGAGAAGUGGAUGAUGUAUCUGAAGGUGAGGAACCAGUUUGUAAAUGUAUAUUUUGCGCUAUCUGGAUUGUGAAUUUUUACAAAAAUAAUUGUUGUAAUGUGAAAAAAAAAAAAAAAAAAAACAUAAUUAUUAGUCACAUUAUUGUCAAAAGGUUAUUGUAUAUCACAUUCAUGUUUUAAAUGUUUGAAUGGUGAAUUAUUCUGGAGCUCCA